AUGAUUUGUUCCAUGAUAGCAUGGGAUUCCCUCUCAGUAAAGAGAUUGCGACAUAUUUUAGGCCAUUCCCUAUCUAUCUAUCUAUCUAUCUAUCUAUCUAUCUGUCUGUCUAUCUAUCUGUCUACUUUCGUAAUUAUCUAUCCUCGGGUACACGUACCUAUCUACUUUAGAAAUGUGUUGUUUUUUUUUUAUAAAUAUUCGCUGGAUGAGACUGGACAAGAAUCGUCCGCGGUCUACCCAAUCAUCGACCAUUAUUGUGCACGUUUCACCGUCGCUUACGCCAUUCGUUCCCCUCUUUAUUUUUAUUCUCGACACCGUGUGUGCCGUUCUGCCGGCCUCGGUGACAUCAUAGCCGGCCCUCUAUUAUCCCAACGAUGCUCAUUCGUGACGUUUGCUCGUUCUUUCUGCUCUGCCAUUAACAUGGACUCACAGCUGAUCAACCUCGCCAGAAACCUUUCAUUCAAUGUUUCUCUGUCUAUAUACACAAGCUUCUCUCCUUUUCUUAAUCUAUCUAUCUAUCUAUCUAUCUAUCUAUCUAUCUAUCUAUCUAAUAACUUCUUGCUUCUUUCUUUUUUACUUUCUUUGUUACAUUCUAUGAUCCUUCUGACAUUAUUUUUUAUUCAUUUCCUUCUUUUCUUUCUUUCUUUUUUUCUCUCUUUCUUUCUUUCUUUCUUUUUUUCUCUAUUUCUUUCUUUCUUUUUCUUUCUUUCUUUCUUUCUUUCUUUCUUUCUUUCUUCUAUUGACUUUUGUCUUCCGGUCGUUUCGUUAUCUUUCUUUUCUUUCUUUCUUUUCUUUGUUUCUUUCUUUCUUUCUUUCUUUCUUAUUACAUUCUCCUACCUUUCUUUAUUUCUUAUUACAUUUCAUUUUUUUCUUUCUUUUUCUUUCUUUUUUCUUUCUUUCUUUCUUUCUUUUUCUUUCUUUUCUUUCUUAUUUACUGGAAUUAUUCUUUCUCUUUUUUCUUCCCCUUAUCUUUUCUUUCUUUCUUUCUUUCUUUCUUUCUUUCUUUCUUUCUUUCUUUCUUUCUUUCUUUCUCUGUUAAACAACAUCUCAUUCUUUCCUCUAAUUGUUAACUAUCUUUCUUUCUCUCUCUCUCUCUCUCUUUCUUUCUUUCUUUCUGUUCAGUUGCUGAUUACAUUCUCUAUUUUUCCUGGAAUAAUCUUUUCUUUCUUUCUUUCUUUCUUUCUUUCUUUCUUUCUUUCUUUCUUUCUUUUCUUUUCUUUCUUUCUGUUUAACAAAUUCUCUUUCCUUUCUUCUUUCCUUUCUUUGUUUCCUUCCUUAUUCAUUUCUAUUUUCCUUUCUGUUCAAUUUCUAAUUAUAUUCUGGAAUAAUCUUUUACUUCUUUUCUUCUACUACAUUUGGUUACUAGUCUCUUUUCUUUUUUCUUUACAUUUUCUGUUUAAAUCCUUUUUCUGUUUCAGUUUAUGA